CUUCAGUUUUGGAGGAACAAAAGUCAAGUCUUCAAGCCAGUGUUUCCUUAUGGCUAAAAUUUAUAACAUAACCUAUGUACAUUAGUCAGAGAUAGCUUGUGUUUAUCUUAAAUUUCUCUGCUUGUAUCAGUUUUAUAAUAAGAAUUGAUAAUUAAAUCUGCAAUUUUAAAAAAAUAAUUCUUUUUGAAUCUAUGUCUAAUAUAUGUGUAUUAAAGUGACAGCUUUAUAAAUACUACUUGAUUUGUUUAAAGCACAAAAUAUAAAAGCUUUCGAAAUAAAUGUUUAAUUCUUAUAAUCUCAAUUUUAUAUAAUUUCUCGAUUAUUAUUAGUAAAAAUUUAUUGAUUUGGGAAAUGGCAAUAACUUUGCGUUUAUUAUUUCACAACAUAAACAGAGCUUUUUGUCACUCCAGCUACAGACAUGUUAAUUCUAAUUCGGAUAUGAAAGAAGUAAAUAAAAGUGCGAACGAUUGGAAAUUAGAAUUACACAACACUAUGAAAGUUUAUCCAAAUUUUAUCAGCGAAACGGAGGAAGAUAGCUUGGUGCAAGAAAUUGAUCCCUAUAUGAAAAGAUUACGUUAUGAGUAUUCACAUUGGGACAAUGCGAUACAUGGUUACAGAGAAACAGAGUGGAAAAAAUGGAGCCAAGAUAGCUCGCAGAUUCUUGACAGAGUUCGCAGAAAAGCAUUCUCAUCAGAAAUGACACAGCUCUCACUUGUGCAUAUAUUAGAUUUAGCUCCUGAAGGAUGGAUAAAGCCACAUAUCGACAGUGUUAGGUUCUGCGGAGGCAUUAUUGCAGGAUUAAGUUUGCUAACUGACAGUGUAAUGAGAUUAGCGAUGGAAGGAUGUGAGAAAGAAUGUAAUGACUGCUUCCUGCUACCUAGAAGAUCGUUAUACAUUAUGAGUGGUGUUGCAAGGUACAAGUACAAUCACGAAAUCCUCAAGUCUGAGGAAUCAUACUUCGAGGGGCAACAUGUACCAAAAAGCAGACGCAUCUCUGUAAUAUGUAGAAUUGAACCUGAUCCUGAAGAUAGUUAAAAUUUAAUUCUGUACACAAUAUAAAAAUAUCUCUGUAAAUAUGUGAUUUAAUAUAAUUACAA